ACUUCCAUUUAAUUUUCAACUUCGACUGUUCACAUAACAGUUUCAGCACCGUCACACAUGCGGUUUACCGCACCCCGUCCCAAUAACUUUGCUCUUGCUCUUCUCCCAGCAGCUCUCACGUUAUUACUACUUUUAUACCUCUGGACAGUCUCUCAUCGGCCGCCGGUACCGGAGAAGGCAAAGAUUGAGAAUCCGCACAGAUGGGGGUUUCCAGAGUGGUAUGGCAAAGGGCCGACGCCUUAUGACCCCGAAAGUGGAUUGUCUGUCGAAAAACAGAAGAGCGUCUUGCUGUUUAUAGAUCUUCCUUAUGACUCGCUAUCCAUCCCCAAAGCCCUUUCCACCCUCCAAAUCCUCAGAAACGACCCCUCCAUACGUCUUUCAGUCAUCUCCCCUUUCUCAUCAACAUGGGAUCAUCAGUCAACCCCACAGGAAAAUUUAGAAUCAGCUGGGUGCGAGAAUGUGGAUCGACUCUGGCGGAUAGGGGAGUAUAGUGGGGAGGUGGAGGGGUGUGAAGGGGUGGUGUGGAUAUCCGAAGGAAUGGAUAGAAGGGCGAGGGUAGAUGGACGAGCGAAUGUCAUACUGGCGCAACAACCUUUCGAUAUACUCAGAGACGAGGUAUCUUAUGACAGAUUAAAAGAAUCCCUGGGGGAGGAUUGGGAACUCGGUCUGCUUUCAUAUAUCCCACCAGCGGCCGACCCCAGCAUAUUUUACCCCGAAGAAACACCAUCCUAUAAAUCAGUGACGUACUUCCCUCUUUCAUCUACGCCAGAACGCAAGCAUCCCAGAAUGCCUUGGACUGGGAAAUGGUCCAAGUACACUCCAUCGCGCAAACCACCUCCUCCAACCAAAGCAGGACAGGACCCAUUAUCCCCCGAUAGCGCUUAUAUCAAGCAUUGGAGGAAGGAAGAUAAACGCCGCGCAAAGGCGAUGCGUAAAGCUGGUAUCUGUCUUUUUGAAGGGUGGCAGGAUGGACAGCUGGAUGAGAGAAUGGUAGAGGCAAUGAUGGCGGGGUGUGUGGUUGCUACUGUUCCUCCUCAAACUGACUAUGACAUGUUAAAACCACUCAUCCUUCCUCUUUCACCCCCUUCGUCCUCCGCUUCCCCACUCUCUCUUCCUGUCAAACAGAUAUCUACUCUUCUUGCUUCCCCACGCGCCUCUCAAAGAUUAACAUACAAGGCCCUUCACGCUUUCCUUGCUGCUCGGCAUCAUUUUACCGUCCAAACAAGGUUCGAACGGGUUUGGAAUGUAGUCAAGGGUUGGGAGGAAGGGAAGAGAGGAUAUGAUUUUGAUGAGGGUCUGAUGGGGUUUAGGUGGGAUUGUGGGACGGUGAUGGAUGGGGAUGCAGGAAGGCCGGCAUGGUGUAAAGAUUGACUUGAUGAUAUAAGGAAAUGAUUUUUUGUCCAAGCUCUGCAGUGCUCUUUCCAUG